CUCAUUGGUCAAACAGUACUUUAUUCAACAAUCAAUAAGAUGAACAUACACAGAAGUACAUUCCCCAUCAGCUGUCUCUAACUCUUCGCUGACUUUUGGGAUCCUAUUCCUUAUACAUUGGUGCCUUUGACCAAGCUAGGAAAAGGAAGUAACCUAAAUGACCUACAACUGGUGGAUGAAUAAUGAAAACAUUGAGUGAGGCAAGCAAGACCUGCAAAGACAAACGUUGUUGCAUGUUCUCUCUCAUCUGAGGCUUCCAGCUCCAGAUCUUCAGAUGCAAAUGGACCUGUGACUGUGUAUUUUUGCUGACUUCAGGCCUCUUUGGGAAACACCUAGACACAUCAGAAGCAAGAAAUGGAGCCAGUGACCUUUGAGGAUGUGGCUGUGGACUUCACCUCAGAAGAAUGGGCUUUGUUGGAUUCUAGUCAAAAGAAGCUCUACAGAGAUGUGAUGAAGGAGACAUUUUUUAACCUGAUCUCCAUAGAGAAAACACUAGAAAAAAAUAUUGAAGAGGACUACGAAGAUCUCAGCAGAAAUAUGGGAACUCCAGUGCUUGGUGAAGACUGUGGAUAUGAAUGUGAUACUGAGUGUGAUAAAAAGCAGGAAGCUAUUACAGAGAAUAUCAGCAGUAAAGAUAUGCCUCCUGGAGUUCAUGACAGCCUGUAA